AUGUCGUCACGCAAGCUUGAUGGCGUUCACUCGCUGAGCGCAAUCCUCGAGAAGCAAGGCCAGGAAGCCGCAAAGCCCAAGAGCAAAUUCGCCCGGAGCACACAGACCAAGAAGGCCGAAAAGUUCGACCCUCGCGCUCAGGAGUCCGAUUCCGACGACAGCUCCAGCAACAGUGACAGCAGCGAUGAUGACGGUCCGGCUAACCCCGAUUUCUUCGCCAAGAUUAAUGGUCAGAUGGCGUCGAGCAAAUCUGCCAGCACUCCUCUGAAGAAGGCCAAGCGCGACAAGGCCGAUGAGGUUGCCGAUAGCGACGUCGAAAACAAGACCUCCACCGCGAAGCCCCCUGCCACCAAGAAAGCCCCAGUCAAGCCCGAGAGCUCUUCCGAAGAGUCCUCAGCAGACGAGGCGGCUGCUGAGUCGGACUCGUCCACGAGUGACAGUGAUAGCGAAAGCGAGCCUACUGCGAAGAAGCCGGCGCAGAAUGCCACAAAGACGCCAGUUGCCAAUGGCGCUUCCACAACCUCUUCCAGCGAUUCGGGGAGUGAUGCCGAGAGCGAGGCGGAAAAGACGACCAAGCCCAAAGCCAAAUCCGCGGUCAAUGGUGCGAAGGCACCCGAGCCGGCUUCGACCAGUUCGAGCGAUGCAGGCUCCACCAGCGGCGAGGAGAGCGCAGAAGACAAGGCAGAUGAAGAAGAGGAAUCCAGCUCUGACGAGGAAGAACCCGAAAGACAGACUGCCGCUGUCGCCCCGAGACGCAACAGCAAUGAUCUCAACGUUCCCGGAUUCGUCGGCAAGGAUUUUAUUCUGAGACAAGCGCAAGGCGAUGAGGAUGGCAAGGAUAUGACCGACUUCUUCACCAAGGCCAAGCUCGAGGGCAAGCAGCUCUGGUACUUCACCGCGCCUGCUUCCAUCCCUAUCAACAUUGUGGAGAAGCUCCAGAUUCCCUUGGACAAGGCGCAUAAGGGAGACGCCAUCUUCAAGCACAACUCGGAAGACUACACUGUCGGCUUCGACGUCGGUGCCACCGCGGUAGAGCUUCUCCUUCCCAACAAGAAGGGCAAUCGCUACGAGACAGCUCCUAAGAAGGUCGACAAGGUCCUGCAUGUCAAGCGCGUGACCCAAUUGGUUGGUAGCGAGUCCAGUGCUCCCAGACCCAUUCAGCCAAACCUUCCGCGCCCCCAGCCGCAAGGUUUGAGAGCUCGCUUCCACCCUAUCGGUGUUCCCGAUGAUACUCCGUUGGGCAAGAUCGGCUUCGAUGAAUCCUACGACGAAGAUGUUGAGAUGACUUCGACACCUGCUCUCCCGACUCGCACCAAGAAACCCAAGCACACAUCCACUCAACCCGCGGCUCCGGCAGGUGAUGCCAUGGACAUCGAUGAGCCUACCCCCAAGAGCAAGAAGAAGGACAAGAAGAAGUCCAAGGCCGCCAAGGAUCCUGUCCAGGGCUCUCAGUCUACCAUCAUUGAGGUACCCGACUCGCAGCCUCUACCCACCACCAAGGAAAAGCAGAGCAAGAAGCGACGCGAUAGCAUCGAGUCCAUCUCGAGUGUGGGAUCCAACCCCAAGCCGACCAUGGCUACUCCCAGCCAGUCCAAGAAGCCAUCCAAGCGCAAGCUGCCCACAGACGAGGAGUCCACCCCGGCCCAGUCAAUCAAGGAGAAAGCCAAGAAGGUCAAGCGUGACGCUUCAUCCCAGGAUACUCCCGCUCAGGGCUCUGCCAAGAAGGUAACGGCUAUCCCGCCGCCGACCGUCCCCAAGCCCGGCUUCUCAUUCUCGGGCCUCCCCGCUGCCUCCAGCCCAGCCCCUGAGACCUCGACGCCGAAGCCGAAGUCGAAGAGCUCCAAGAAGUCCAAGGCUGAUGAGCCGGCUUCAAUUCGAAAGGAGACACCUAUUCUCCCUCCCAGCAUUCGUCGCGAAUCCGCGGUCCCAAUCCCGCAGUUCACUUCCAAGUCAUCACCCGCAGCUGAGGAGACGCCGAAGAAGGAGAAGCGCAAGAAGAGAAAGUCGGACAAGACAGAGGAGCCCAAGUCAAGCAAGAAGGAGACGCCCGUUCCGCUGCCUGGUAGCGCUUAG